GUCCACAAUAGAGAACUUGAGAUAAAUAAAAAGAGAAAAAUCAGCAAAAAAGAUGGGUUUUAAAGAACAAAACAAAGAAGUAGUUACAUAUGUGUGAUAUCUGCGAAUUUUGACUUAUUUAUUUUUCAAAAUGUUGUACUCCAUUGUAAUGUUUAUGUUCAUAUUCAGGUACAAGCUGGAUGAGGUGUCAAGUGCAAUCCAUCUUCUUAUAUUCCCUCAGAUCUCUAUACUUAUCUAUCGAUCCGGUGGAUCUGUUCGCAUGGUUUCGUAAAACACGGUUUCAUAAGCGUUACCAUUGAAUAACCUACACCGGCAAAGAACCCACGCUCUGCGCUGCACCCAAUCAUUGCCUCUUGCUGUUCAGGAGCGCGGCCCGGCAGCCUCUCACAGAGCCCCCUCGCUCGGAACAAACCAUUUCAGCGUCCGCGUGCGGGGGUGCCGGCGCGUUGCACAACUACAGGAAAUAGAGGUAGGCAACGUAAUGUCGAAUUCUCUGCAUUUUGUACUUUCAUCCGAGGGAAGCGAGCGAGGACGAAGCUUCAGGUGGACAUCUUUUAACUGAAACACGUCCGUAAGAGAGCGUUGGUUAUUGGGCUUCUACACGCCUCCCUUGUUCACAUCCGCGCGGAUAAUAUCAGCGGACCGGUGGAACUGUUACAUGUGUAUUCCGCUAUUCGGGGGGACGGGGGAACCGGUGAAUUACCACAUUUGUUGAUAUUAUGUCAUAAUUAUUGUAACUCAUUGCGUCGGGAUAAAGGUCAAUUAGAAAAGGGAGGCGGACACACGGUGACCUUUGGUCGUUGUUUUUUUUUUUUUUUUUGAUUUGUGUCCACAUGGCUGUGGAAGGGAAGAGCGCGUGAAUGAGGUCACCGUGCUUUCAUAAUAAUAAUAGUCAUAGUAUGAAUAAUCGGAACAAUCCUCGGCAACCACUGCAUCUGUAAUGGAAAUCAAAUUUAAAAAGUGUGAAAACAAACGAUACCAACUGACUUAGUUGGACAACAAACAAAGGUCCAUUUGGAACCAUUACUGAUAUUCUAGAAGAAAAACAUGGUACAAUAAAACUUAUACAAUAUUAUAAAUACAUAUUCAUCUGGGUAAAGUAACGUCAAUUAAAAACAGAAUUGAUUGACAAUAAACCUCUUUACAAACAGAUGUUUUGACUACAGUUUCAGUAAGUGUUGCACAAUGCAGCAACAUUCAUUUCAAGAUGUAUGCGCUGCUACAACUGUGUCAUGUCAAAAUGUUGCUUGUUUCUCAUUAAACAUACAAACGUGUCGUACACAAGUGGAAAAUUGUCAAUCGUGGUCCUUGAGUGGGCUGCGGGGUCGAGAUAAAGGACACACGCCCAGCUUAGUCCGUCAUGAGACACACAUGACAGAUAAGUGAGGCGGUCAACCCAACGGACACCCGAGUUGUUGUCGCCCGGCCCCCGCUGCUGUCGGGGUGUGUUUGUGUCGCCUCUGCCAUAACCAGUGAUGGCCGAGCAGCUGCCCCCGCAGCACGGAGACCCGCUGCUGAGUAAACUCAACCACGGGAGCCUCCCCAACGGCAAGGUAGCCUCCAAGGACGGCCUUCAUGCCAGGGGACAGUGGGCGAGCAAGGCCGAGUUCCUCCUGGCCGUGGCGGGGCAGAUCAUCGGCCUGGGCAACGUCUGGAGGUUCCCCUACCUCUGCUACAAGAAUGGAGGAGGUGUGUUCUUUAUACCCUACCUGUUGUUCCUGGUGCUGUGUGGCGUCCCCCUAUUCCUCCUGGAGACAUCGCUGGGACAGUACACCAGCUUGGGAGGAGUCAGCGCCUGGAGGACCAUCUGUCCAUUAUUUGGAGGUCUCGGCUAUGCCAGCCAGGUGAUGAUCCUGCACGGCUGCGUGUACUACAUCGUCAUCCUGGCGUGGGCUGUGUUCUACCUGUGCUACAGCUUCCAGGCGGUGCUGCCCUGGUCGCACUGUAACAACACGUGGAACACCGAGGCGUGUGUCCUGUUCGACCAUUACAACCAAACGGCCAAUGGGAGCAGCGUACUCGCGAACGCCACAUCCCCCGUCGUGGAGUUUUGGGAGCGCGAGGUGCUCCGUCUCUCCAGCAGUUUAGACGAGCUGGGUCCGGUCAGCUGGAAGUUGGCUCUGUGCCUCGCCGCCGUUUGGAUCGUCUGUUACUUCUGCGUCUGGAAGGGCGUGAAGUCCACCGGAAAGGUGGUGUACCUGACAGCCACCUUCCCAUAUGUCAUGCUGUUUGUGCUGCUGGUGCGCGGUGCCACCCUGCCCGGAGCCACCCAGGGCAUUAUCUACUACCUGAAGCCCGACCCCGCGCGCCUGGCGGACCCGCAGGUAUGGAUGGAUGCGGGCACCCAGAUCUUUUUCUCGUACGGGAUCGGCUUGGGAAGUCUCACAGCACUCGGCAGUUACAACAAAUACGACAACGACUGCUAUAGGGACUCUUUCCUCCUCUGCCUCCUGAACAGCACCACCAGUUUCCUGGCGGGUUUCGCCAUCUUCUCCGUGCUGGGCUUCAUGGCCGAAGAGCAGGGCGUGGACAUAGGCGCCGUGGCGCAGUCAGGGCCCGGCCUGGCCUUCAUCGCCUACCCGAGGGCUGUAUCCAUGAUGCCUUUCCCCCAGCUCUGGGCCGUCUGCUUCUUCCUCAUGAUCAUCAUGCUGGGGCUGGACACCCAGUUCGUGAGCCUGGAGGCCCUGAUGACGUCGGUGACUGACCUGUACCCUCACCUGAUCCGCCGAGGCCAGCGCAGGGAGCUGCUGCUGCUGCUCGUCUGUGUGGUCUGCUUCCUGGUGGGACUGGUCAUGGUCACGCCGGGUGGUCUGUAUGUGUUCCAGAUCUACGACCAUUUCUCCUGCAGUGGAGCCAGCCUGCUGCUUCUCUCCAUCUUCCAGUCCAUCGCCAUCGGAUGGGUCUACGGAGCCGAGCGCUUCAACGGCAACAUCAAGGACAUGACCGGCCACCGCCCGCUGCCCGUCUUCAAGCUGUGCUGGAAGUACUUGACCCCCGCCGUGUGCACGGCCACCUUUGUGUUCUCCCUGGUGAGCUGGUCUCCGUUGAGCCUGGGCAAAGGCCUGGUCGCGCCGGCCUGGGCCACGGCGGUGGGCUGGCUCCUCACCUUCUCCUCCGUCUCCCUACUUCCCGUCUGGGCGCUCUACGCCCUGGCGAGCACCCCGGGGACCCUGCCGCAGCGCUUCCAACGUCUGUGCAGCCCCGCCAAAGGCCCAUCCCUGGCGCUCCCCUACAGCACCGCGCUGCCCCUGACCGAGAAGCCGAAGGAGCAGACCCCGGACUUCAUCCAGGACCGUAUGACCCGAUGAUGCGUGACGG